CGCAGAAGAAAAACGGGCUUGAGUGCGCCGACACUCGCGCGUAGGCUGCCCGCGCAAGGUCGCGCGUCAGCGCGCCCUCGUUUCCAAUGCGGCAUACUGCGCCGGCGGCCCGCGUAAUCCACCGCGGGUUGCUAUGGCGUCGUGCGCAAGACCCAUCUCGCUUCGUCGCUCAGUUGGCGACCCCCCUGGCGGCGACCCCACCCUGGCACCGCCUGGCGAUCGGCCACCGUGGCUGCAACAUGCGGCGCAUCUCCGUCGCCACGGGCGCGAAGCUCAGGAUCCGGGGGCGGGGCAGCGGCUUCCUGGAGGGGAAGGACCAGCAGGAGGCCCCGGUGCCGCUGAUGGUGGCCGUCACCGCGGACCGCGAGGACGCGGCGGACUUCGUGAGGGCGGUGGAGAUGACGCUGCAGUACCUGCACAGCCUGGAGGAGCCCUUCCACUCGUUCUGCCGCCGCCACGGGUUCCGGCACCGGGGCCCCUUCGUCAGCCUCGACGGGGAGGCGCGGGAGCUGCUCGCCGAGGCGCUGACGGAGGCGCCCUGGGCGGGCAAGUACUUCCAGGGGCAGGCGCAGCUCCAGGCGUGAGGCGCCAGGCGCGGGGCUCCCGGGGGCGCCUGGGUGCCCUGGAAGCCGAGGGGAUACGACGUUGUGUCCGCAUCUUCGGAACAUUGUCUACUCCCGCGGGCGCGUGGGGCUCCCGCGGGCGCAUGCGAGGGCCAGCGCGAGCCGCGCCUGGCCCAGACUCCGACGGCCGGGCGGCCGGGAUGCCGCUCGGCGAGCGGUGCCGCAGGCUGGCCGCAGGUUGGGGGAGCUGCCUGGCCUCGACCGCACGUAUACGAGUGACCUCUCGCCGGAGUGACCUUCUCUGCAGACGGCAUCUGUGCACCACCGCCGUGCCUGGCCAGGGC